UAAGAAAAUGAACACAAUUUGAUAUUUAUUUUCCGAGAAUAAAUCUCAAACCAAUUUCCCGAUUUGUCUCAAUUUUGCAGGUUGGAAAGUUCAUCAAUCUAAUAUCAACAUUCAUUAUUUCCUUCGCCAUCUCAUUUGCCAGAGGUUGGCUACUCACAUUGAUCAUGCUGUCUACAAUUCCUCCUAUGGCUGUUUGUGGCGCCGUAUUGUCAAUUGUUCUAUCCAAAAUGUCCUCGAAUGAACAAAAAUCAUAUGCCAAAGCUUCAGAAAUUGUGGAACAAACCAUAGGCUCAAUUAGAACAGUGGCAGCUUAUACAGGGGAGAAUAUUGCAGUGCAGAAGUAUAAGAAGGCAUUAAAUGGUGCCUAUAUUUCUUGUAUUUAUGAGGGGUUGGCUUCUGGUUUUGGUGCCGGGCUUGUAUUUUUCCUUAACUACAGCAGCUAUGCUUUUGGAAUGUGGAACAGCUCAAAUCUGAUAUUAAAUAGAGGAUACACAGGUGGAGUUAUCCUUUCUGUUAUCUUCACAGUUCUGAUUGGUGCUUUGUAAGUUACUCAUUUCCUGUUUUUUUUUUCUUUUUGAGAGAGAGAUUUA